AUGAUCACUCGAAGCAAAGCCAAACAACAAAAUAUUCAAGAUCAGCAAAAUUUGACUAAAGAAAAUAAUCAAAAGACGAAUCAACAGCCAGGCAAUCAAAACAACCAACAACUAGGACAAACUUCUCGUGGUAACAACCAGCAACAACCUGCUCCAAACUCAGUUAUUAUUUUUUAA